CAGAGAGGGAGGGUGCUGUUUAUUACUAUCAGCAAGGUAAAUCUAUGGCAACUGAAAGCGGCUAAACUGUGACUCUGAUCAUGGGGGCAGAAGUCAUCAUUCUUUUAUGGAACGAGUCUUGCACGGCUAUCUUGUUUCAAGUUUAAAGUUGGUCUACCAAGACAAGGCAUCAUCACAUGCCGUGAGAUAUAAUGAAACAUAGCCGCUCUCAACUUUGGAAUCAAGUGCAUCAAACCAUUGGACUACUGCACUUCUCAGACUGUUACGAAAAACAGAUAUAGCUACAUGUUCAGAAUGUUUCUCUUGAGAACUCUUGGCCUUCCAGCAAAAUCUAUUAUUCCCAGGCCAAAACCGUAUGACGAGAAAUCUGGACGCUGUCGUGCCCCAAAAAAUAGGGGCGAAGACACCGAAACAGCAGCAAACAAAGAAGUGGGGGAAAAAGGCCGGUGAGAUUUCGGGGGCACACGCUCUUCCCGGUGCCCGGCCGUCUAUGCGACUCAUGGCGGAGCGCCGCCUCCCGAUAUCCGCUCCUCCGGCCGCGGCAGUGCCCCGCCGCUAUCCCCGGCGGUCGCGGGGCCGUUGCCGCCUGCUCCUCCUCCCGGCCUUCUCCGUCGCGCUCCUCUGCCUCGCCUACCUCUCCUUCUCCUCCCACUCCAGCCUCCCCUUCCACGCAGUGCACCCUGGGUUGGUUGCGGAUAAUGUUCGGAAGGAAAUAGAUAAGAGACACACCCUCAAUGCUACGAUGAAAACAAAUACAUCUAUGACUAAAAAUGGGUCAGAACCCUUCACAAGAAGAAAGAAACCUCGCAAGCGUUAUGCGCCCUGUGAAAUUGAGUUUGUGCCAUCGGUUGACAAUCUUGUGGAGCCUGCUGACUACAACAAUUUUACACAGUUUUCACUGAACUAUAUCUUGAAGGAGCAAAAGUUGGUUGGUAAUGCCCUUUUCGGACCAUUGUUUGGUGGGCACCAGAGUCUUCAGGAAAGAGAUGAGACAUACUAUGCAGAAAACCAAACUCUCCACUGUGGUUUUGUAGAAGGACCAGAGGGUCACCCUAGUAGUGGAUUUGAUUUGGAUGAGACUGACAAGGCUUAUAUGGCUACCUGCCGUAUUGUGGUGUCAUCAUGCAUUUUUGGCGGCUCUGAUUACUUGAGGAGACCAACUAAGAGCAAGAUUGGCUCAUACUCUAAGAAGAAUGUAUGCUUCAUCAUGUUCCUGGAUGAGCUAACAUUAGCAACCCUUUCCUCUGAAGGACACGUCCCUGAUGAAAAUGGAUUCAUUGGCCUUUGGAGAAUUGUUAUAGUUAAGAACUUACCCUACAAAGAUAUGCGGAGAGCAGGAAAGGUGCCAAAAUUUCUUGCUCAGCGGCUCUUCCCAUCUGCCUUGUACUCCAUUUGGUUGGAUAGCAAACUGCGUCUUCAUGCUGAUCCAAUGCUUAUCAUUGAGUAUUUCUUAUGGAGAAAGAAAGCAGAAUAUGCCAUUUCAAUGCACUACGAUCGUACCUGUGUCUGGGAGGAAGUGCUUCAAAACAAGCGCUUGAACAAGUAUAAUCAUACUGCCAUUGACGAGCAAUUUUACUUUUAUCAGUCUGACGGUCUUGUGAAGUUUAAUGACUCUGCCCAAGAGUCUGUUCUCCCGAGUUAUGUGCCUGAAGGAUCUUUCAUUGUGCGUGCCCAUACACCAAUGUCUAACUUGUUUUCAUGCCUUUGGUUCAAUGAGGUCAACCGUUUCACCUCACGUGAUCAGUUGAGUUUUACAUACACUUACUUGAAGCUCAGGAGAAUGAACACAGGAAAACUUUUUCACCUAAAUAUGUUUAAGGACUGUGAAAGAAGAGCAGUAGCUAAACUGUUCCAUCACCGAACUAAUGAAACUACAGAUCCACCACCAACUAAUCUUCGUUUGGAUAACACUUCAUCAAUGCCAGGCUAAGGCAGCCACUAUGGAAUUAGGGGCAAGACCACUAUUUCAUUUUGACACACAUAUUAUGCAUCCAGCUCCGGUUAGAUGCAUGGGAUUCUUCUUGCUGCGUCCUACUAGUUUCUUCAGUUUCCAGGCGCAGGAGAAAUUCUACAGAGCAUGAUUGUAUUCUGCUGUGAUCCACAGGAGCAGAAAACAGGCAGUGUCCCAAGUCCCAGCCAUGCUUGUACAGAGGAGAUAUUGAACAAGUUUUGCAGUCGUUGGUAGGAGAGAUACAUUACUGAUGAUCAUUUUCUCUGGACUUAUGUUGUCAGUUUCAACUCUCACUGCUAUUCUGACAGUUACUGUUCUGUGAAGGAGUGAAAAUGUUAGUUAGGAAAGCAGGUAGUAGUAUUUUUCAUUUCCAGGCUACGUUAGAACAUGUUCCAGGGGUAAUUUCUAGAGGUUCCUUUUUGUAUCUUGAAAAUUCAGUUGUAUCUUUUCUUCCAAAUAUGUGCAAGUUUUUUGUAAGCACCCUCCAGUCCAUGACCGCAAGCAUUUGGUUUCUGGGCUCGCCA